GCUAGGACGGGGACGGGGACGGACAGGACAGCGCGCCGCCGCCGCCGUCGCCGAAUCGCUACGGUCCGCCAACCAACACACCGGCGGCACGCACGAAACACACACGCUCGGACGGCGGGGAACGGCCGUUUCCGCUGCGAUUUAGCGCGUAUGAAGCGCGCGCUGUGCGCCGAUCGCACGCAGCCGCCGUCAGGGAGGGAGAAACGCGCUGCUCUGCUCUGCGCCGCUCUGCGCCAAAAACAAUGGGAGCGAGCAGAGAAGCCCGCAAAUGACACAAAAUAUCCAGCGUAUCCGCGCGCUCUUUUGUCCCAUCGUUGAGGCUCGGAGGCUGGGCUCGCGAUCGCUCCGCUUUCCUCUGGUUCUCUAGAGCGCGGCCGGUUUCGAACCCGAGCUCUGCGUCUGUGUGUGAAAAGGGCGGUGGGGGGAAAAUAAUUCAGGUUCGGCCUGCGCCUCUUUUUAAGGGAAAUGGGACGGGGGGCUUGCCGUUCCCACCGCUAAAGUUUACGCCACCUCCUCCGGAAGCUGGCCAUUUCGAGCAGAGAAGCCUUUGCAGAAUACGAUGAGCAUGCUGAAGCCAAGCGGGCUGAAGAUCCCUGGGAGAGGGCCAAAGCACCCGAGCCCAGUGGGGCGAAGUGCGGCUGGCGUGUCCUCCGGCACGCCCACGCAGAAAGACAGCUCCCCGCACAAGCAGACCGCUCCCACACCCAGCAACGCUUCCGACAAAUCCAGCUCCAAGAUCUCGGAGGUGGGGGAUGAUGUGCUCGGGGACUUCGUAGUCGGAGAACGAGUCUGGGUGAAUGGGGUGAAGCCGGGAUGCAUCCAGUACCUGGGGGAAACCCAGUUUGCUCCUGGACAGUGGGCCGGCGUUGUGCUCAAUGAGCCAGUGGGCAAAAACGAUGGAUCUGUGGGCGGCGUGCGCUACUUCGAGUGCCCGCCUCUGCAGGGCAUCUUCACGAGGCCCUCCAAGCUCACGCGACAGCCAGUAGCAGACGGGGGCGAUGGCCACUCUGUGGACCCGCUCACCGCCCAGAACCUGACAGUCCAUGGCAGUGCCGUGGCAGCUACAUCAACCCAGCGUGCAGGAAUGCCACUGAGGGAGGGUGUGCUCAACAGCUCUGUAAAGACCGGGAACGAGUCCGGUUCCAACAUGUCUGACAGCGGAUCGGUCAAGAAAGGGGGCGACAAGGACCUCCGAGUGGGAGAUCGUGUGUUGGUGGGAGGCACCAAAACGGGUGUGGUCCGCUACGUGGGCGAGACGGACUUCGCCAAAGGCGAAUGGUGUGGCGUGGAGCUGGACGAGCCUCUGGGCAAAAACGAUGGCGCUGUCGCUGGCACCAGGUACUUCCAGUGCCCGCCGAAAUUCGGCCUCUUCGCACCAAUCCACAAAGUGAUCCGCAUCGGCUUCCCAUCCACCAGUCCGGCCAAGGCCAAGAAGAGCAAGCGCAUGGCCAUGGGCGUCUCCUCCCUGGCACACAGCCCGAGCAGUUCCUCCAUCAGCUCUGUCAGCUCUGUGGCCUCCUCUGUGGGUGGCCGGCCCAGCCGCACUGGCCUGCUCACGGAGACGUCCUCACGCUACGCCCGCAAGAUCUCCGGCACCACGGCACUGCAGGAGGCCUUGAAAGAGAAGCAGCAGCACAUUGAGCAGCUGUUAGCUGAGCGUGACCUGGAGCGAGCUGAGGUGGCCAAGGCCACCAGCCACAUCUGUGAAGUGGAGAAGGAGCUUAGUGCCCUCAAAGCCCAGCAUGCACAGUAUGCAGCAGAGGCUGAGAGCAACUUGCAGCAGAUUCGGUCCCAGCUGGCCAGCACUCAGAAGGACAAGAUAGAACUGGCCAAUCAGCUUGAAGAAGAGAGAAGGAAAGUGGAGGACCUGCAGUUCCGAGUGGAGGAGGAAUCCAUCACCAAAGGCGACCUCGAGACUCAGACGAAAUUGGAGCAUGCCCGUAUUCGGCAGCUCGAGCAGACUCUGCUGUUAGAAAGGUCCAAAGUGGAAAAGCUUCAGACAGAAUUAGAGGAAAAGAGGCAAACCACGGUGGAGGAGAAGAGCCGGGUGAUGCAGCUUGAGGAAGAGCUGGCCCUGCGCAGGGCUGAGAUCGAGGAGCUCCAGGUCAGACUCCAGAGCCCCAACCCGGCCGAGGGCAGCGACACCUCACCCGGUCUGCACACCGAGGCCCUCCUUCUGAGGGAGCAGCUCCUGACAGCUGGUCGUGAGCAUCACAAAGAGAGCAACCAGCUGCGGGAGAAGUACGAGGCGGCGCUUGCCGCUAGCCGACGCGAGACAGUGAGGCUGAAGACCACAGCUGAUCGUCAGGCCCAGGAAAUUGGAGACUUGAAGCAAAAGCUGCAGCAAGCCACACGGGAGAAUAUGGAGAUGAUGGACAGCUGGAAGUCCAAGCUGGAUACUUUGGUGAACGCCCACCAGAGAUCACUGGAGGAUCUCAAGUCUUCCCUCACGACUGACGGUGCCAAGGGUGGCCAGGACAAGGACCUGGUGGAGCUGCGGACAGCCUUGGAGAGCCUCCGCAUGGAGCACCAGCUGGAGCUGGAGAACCUGAAGGCCAAGCAUGAGAUCGAGACAGCCGUGUUGACCAAGGAGAAGGAAGACCACCGAGCCCGGCUGCAGGAGGUGCAGGAUGAGCUGGAGGAGAGCAGCGAGAACUGGAGGAGGCAGGUGGAGUCCAAAGCCUUGCAGCACGCCCUGGAGCUGAAGGAGAACACGGAUAAGCUGCAGGAGGCCGAGCUGAGGCUCUGCGAGCUGGAGAAGCUCUGUGAGGAGUACAAGGAGCAGGCUCACACCAAAGACCUUCUGAAGGAGCAGCUCUCCCUGGCCCAGAAGAAGAUGGUGGACUAUGAGGCUUUGCAGAAGGCUGAAGCCCAGAGUCGGUCCCAGAUCCAUAGUCUGGAGGAGAAGUUGAGGGUGACUGAGAACCGCCUGCAGGCAAUGGAGGCUGUCCAUGCACCUCAGGACGCCAAUAUGAUAGAAAAUAAUGACAUCAGUGAAGAGAAGAUCAAAUUAAAGCAGAAUGCGGAAGAAACCAUGGAGAAGCUUUUGAAAAGGGAAAAGGAGGUGACUACGCUGUCAUCGCAGGUCGAAGCCCUCAAAUCUCAAGUAACCGGCCUGGAGAGCAAGGUUCGUUCCGGGGAGAAGAAAGCCGAAGCUCUCCAGCGGGAGAAGCAGCGCCUGGAAGCUGAGCUGGAAUCGAUGAGCAAGAAAUCCCAUGAUGCAUCUGGUCAGCUGGUUCUCAUCAGUCAGGAGCUCUUAAAAAAGGAAAGGAGCCUGAAUGAGCUGCGAGUGCUACUGCUGGACUCCCCCCGGCACUCCACCGGCCUGGACCGGGAUCUCAGCUGGGAGGUGCACAAGGCUGAGUGGAGAAUGAAGGAACAGAUGCUGCAGGAUGACAUCAAGACCCUGCGGGAGAAACUGGUCCUUCUGGGGCGGGAGAAGUCAUCGCCAGACCACCGCAGGUACUCUAUGAUGGACCCGUCGGCCCUGGACAGCGAAAUGACCAGGCUGCAGCAGAGGCUGCGGUGCACUGAAGAUGCCCUGAGGAACGCUCUCGAGCACAACCAGCAGGUGGAUCAGCUGGUGGAGGCCAUGCGCACCCGGCCCGAGAGAACCCAGGCGCAAAGCAGUGCCAGUUCUGCCAACGGGAUUCAUCAGCAAGAAAAGCCGUAUAGAGAAGAGGAAACUCACUGAUGAAGGAGAGGUGGGAAAUGGUGUUGGGAUUUGGGACAUGUCAGAAGCACGUUGUGAACAACAGAGCAGCCACUCUCAACCUCCAACACUGGGGAAAAGUUCUGACACAUCACCAGACGCUUGACGGUGUUCUACGUUUACAGUUAUCGCCAAAAUCAUAAAUUCUCGAUUCGAAGCGGCGAAUUAGUGCGUUAGUGGAGGCUGCUUUCGAAAGGUUUUCGAAAUUCCCUUGAAUACUCUUAAAACGUGGAGGUAAAAUCUGUAGAACAGCUCUUUGCAACUAAUGUAUACCCUUUGGACUACCUCCCGAUAGAAGUAUGAGCAUAAAAGAACACGUGAAGGAGCCGGAAUUUUCUUGUAUAGAAUGAGUUCUAAAUCUUCUGAGGACUUAUUGAAUGCCUUCUGUAGACUUCUGCAAUUUUGGGACUAGCUGAAGUUAAUCAAGAUUUUUGGCCUCGAUUGAUGUUUCUGUUUAAUUUAUUGCUGUGCUGUAAAUUAAACAUUAUCUCUGUGUGACAUGAUUUGGCCAGUGACACACACAUUUGGACAGAACAACCUGCUAAACCUCAUCUACUUUGAAUGACUUGAGCUUCAUUACCCUCCCCAGAGUCUGUUGUGUACAUGUAAAAUUUUAAAAAGCAAACAAAAUACGGAAAGGCUGCUGGAUCCAGCUGGGGCCUUUUUUCUGAGUUUUUCAAUAUUCACUUUUUGACCUUUGAGUAAUAUGUUCAAACCAACCGAAUCAAUCCAAGAGGACUGUGCAACAGCACUUGCCGAACUACACCAAACUCGACACAGCGUUUAUGGUUUACACUAAAUCUGGUCAGUUGGGAGGAUGACUUUAUUUAAACAACAGUAUUAUUAUGUGUUAUAAAUAAUACAAACAACUGCUCUCUACUCUUGACACUGUCCAGCCCUCUGGAGUUCGGUUAGGGCCAGCUGGUCAGAAGGGCUUUGGUCUUUUCUCAACAAGGGCACUUCUUGGUGAGGUGAAACCAUACAACUCCACAUGUAAAACUCUACUGAGGUUUGCCCAUCCAGCUCCACAACUGAAAAACAUAAUUGCGUUUGCUCAUCCACAUGCUGUUGUAAAGUAAGUGACACACUCAGUCUUCCAAACAUGUUUAUCUCCAUAUUCACUCAGCUGAAUUUCCAUUACUUUAAUCCGGUAUUGCAUUUGCUGGACAGCAAUGAGUGCUUUGAGCAUAUUGCAAAACAUUCCCGGCAUUUUCAAAAAUUCAAAGAAAUUUUGUAAGAUAUUUUAAGUAAAAAAGAAACAGCCUAACCCACAUCAGCCACCAUUAAAAUUAGGAUUUAUCAGUGUCAUUCAAACAAGCAUAAUGCCAUUUUUUUCUGCUGUAAUCCUCCUCAUACUCUAUAAUACUGUAAUGAAAUGGUU